CUGGAAACACCCCUCAGGAGCCAGAGUCCCUUGGUUUGUCCCUGCAUGUAUUUCUCCUCCUGGUCGUAGUCCCCUCUCUGCCACCAGGGAGCACUCAAGGCUCAACGGCAGGUGCCUCUGAGAUCUGCCCUGUCCUGAUCUGCCCGUCAAAUGCCACAUGUGUGAACAGCACCCACUGCGCCUGCCUGGAUGGAUUCCAGUCCAGUGGGAAUCGCUUCUUCACCAACACAUUGGAGACCUGCGAUGAUAUCGACGAGUGUUCGGCGUCCUAUCAGGAAAUCUGCGGACCUGAUGCAAUGUGCCACAACCUGCCUGGGAGUUACUACUGCACCUGCUACAGUGGCUACGAGUCCAGCUCUGGGAAAGCCAGAUUCCUGAACGCAAGUGAGGGCAGCUGCCAGGAUAUCAACGAGUGUCGGGGGCCCAAUCCAGUAAACUGCGGACCCAACGCCAAGUGCAACAACCUGCCUGGCUAUUACUACUGCAGCUGCGCCGAUGGCUACGAGUCCAGCACUGGGAAAGCGAGUUUCCUGAACGCCAGUGAGAACAGCUGCCGGGUGCCCAGCAUGAACUGCAGCACCAAGUUCAAGGGAAUAACAGAGGCGUGCAGGAGUCGCUCUCCACAGGGAGAGCUGCGCGGCAGCAGCAGCGGAUUCUGCUCUUUCCUCAAUUCGACCUUAAGGGUUUUGAAGUCUAAGUGUGGAAAGGGAAAUGCGACAUUAUCCCUGGAGGAAACCACUCGCUCUUUCAACUCCUUCCUGAACCGCACCUCCCUCGGGUCCAGCAUUGGUGAGGGGGAGGUGGCGUUGGCAGUGACCGUCCUGCUGCAGAGCGUGGAACGGGUCGCGCUGGCCGCUGCGCUCCAGUCUCCGGGGCGGAUGACACAGAAGAUGAGCACAGAGUCUAUAGCUAUCGAGACGCGGGUGAUCACAGGGAACUGCAGCCAGCACAGUGAGGUCUUCCGGCUGAGCGCACAAGGGGAGACGAUGGAAGUGCACUGCACUACGGUCACCCACGCAGCCACGCAAGGGCACUUGGGGGCUGCUGCUGCUUUUAUUGCCUACUCCUCCCUGCACUCCACCAUCAAUGCGAGACUUCCCAGCUCAGGCAGUCUGUGGGCUGGGCGGAUGCUGGAGAAGAGUCACCUCGGCUCCAGGGUGGUGAGUGGAGCUGUCGGAGACGGGGGACCCAUUUGCCUCUCCAGACCUGCAAACUUCACCCUGCGCCAUCAACAGCCCAGAAAGGAGCAGGAAGUGGCUCUCUGCGUCUACUGGAAAUUUGAGGCUGGCAAAGGGAGCUGGUCUCUAGACGGGUGCACCACCCUGCACGUGAACAGCACCCACACGACCUGCAGCUGCGACCAUCUCUCCAGCUUCGCCAUCCUAAUGGCUCCCAGCGCAGCAAUGGAGAGUCGCCCACUGACCAUCCUCACCUACGUGGGCCUGAGCCUCUCCCUGCUGUGCCUCCUCCUCGCCAUCCUCACCUUCCUCCUGUGCCGCUCCCUCUGGAACGUCAGCACCGCCCUCCACCUGCAGCUGUGCCUCUGCCUCUUCCUGGCCGACCUGCUCUUCCUCAGCAGCCAGGGGGUACGGCCCCAUUCCCCCCAAUCAGCCCCUCCGCUCGCAGCAGGGCUGGGGUGUGCAGCUGUGAACCCCCGGGGCUCCCUGGGUUCUGGGUGUGCAGGACACAGGCGGGAUUCCGGGGGGACGUUCCCACUCCCUGUGAGGCUCCUUUACACUGGGCACAGGAGCCUCAGUCUCACUGUCCCCAGGAAUUGGAUCAGUCCCAUCCCAGGCUAA